CAGCGCGCUUGCGCAAGCGACCCAAUGGCGCAAUGGCGAGCGGCAGGGACGCGGCUGGCUCGGCUGCGACCGGAUCAGUCGCUGUCGGUGGCUCGCCAAGCCGUGCAGGAGGCGGCCGAGCUGCUGGGUACGCGUGCAGGCCAGCCUAUUAGAUUUGACCCUGCCUGGUGCAACUGGGUGCCUCGGGAGGACUUUCGGGCGCAGUUGGUGGACCCGCUGCAACGCAUCGACAAACUGCUUUCGCCAAGCGCGAGCGCGGAUGGCUCCGACUGGUUGGCUUUUGCUCGUCGCCCCGACGUCCGCAUCUUCUGCUUCCCGCCGCAAUGCUGAGCUCAUCAUUCCUGUCUCGGUGUGUUGCCACAGCGUGGCUGCAGCACGCACAUUGAGUGCAGAGCUACCGCGCUGCCUCCUUCACGCCAGCCAGCAGCUUGUCACGUGGAGCCCGCCCAGUCGGUUGCGUCUCGCUCGCACCCUUGAGGCUUACAUGCCCUACUUGACCUGGUAUCGACUGGUUGCCAACACUUUGGCCAACCAUGGUGAUCCGUCCGCACCGGUCGUUCCCGACGCCCUCUCCCUUUGGCCCAACCAAAUGCAAGCCGUGAGUGUGCCAGCCCUCCUGGGCAUCAUCCAGCAGGCUGCAGACGAUGCUGCAAGUCUGAUGCUGGAAAAGUAUGGCGUCGGUGCUCCAAUCCACGUUGAAAAAAAGGAUGGGGACGCUUCGGAUUGCCAUCACCUCUUGGCUGUUCCCGAACACUUGGCCUACGCAUACACGGAAGUUUGCAAAAACGCCCUUGGCGCCAUGCAUCGUCGCUACGGGAGCGAUUGUGAUCUGGAAGCACCUGUCGUUGCCACUCUUGCUGUUCGCGCCGACCCCGAGCCCGCCAUUGUCGUGACCAUCGUUGACCAAGGCGAUGGCUUGUCACGUACCAGUGUGCCAGACGCCAUGCGAUGGUUUGCCACGGGCUCGGCGCCAGUUGAGCGCGAGCCUAGCUACACCUUCUCAGGAGAUUUUGGUGGAGAACUGAGUGGCAAGGGGACGGGCAUGCCCUUGAGUCGCUGUUAUCAGACAGUGGCUGGGGGGCAACUGCAUCUUGAACCCACGACCCGUCAACGUGGCUGCAAGGUCACUUGUGUCCACCCCCUCCUGAGUGGGUCAAAAUGACCCUCCCUUGAGCUGCGCUCACCGUACCCGAUUUUUACAAUAGCUGUAGUUGAUGUUGCUUGCUUCAAGUGAUGAUGUUGUGUGG